AUGGUAGUUGGGCGGAGUCCAACCAACCCACGCAGUUGGUUGGACUCCGCCCAACUAUGGAAAUGCCGAAUGAUACGAAGGAAUUCUUUGAUAUUUGCAAUCCCAACUGUCAAGGAUCCUGAUUUCUUUGCUCUCGCUCACACCAAAAUGGGAGAGGGGUUUAUGGACAACUACACCUUCCUACGGCUACUCAAUUACCCCCCUGUUACCAUGGUUACUCCAACGGAGAUUGGCUACAGAUGUGCCGAGCAUGUAGACUAUAGGACAUUCUCCCUCCUCUUUCAAGACAAAGGAGGUGGCUUGCAAGUACGGUAUUCCGACGGUAGCUAUAUCAAUGUCCCCUGCAGUGAUGACCACAUUCUCAUGAUCACUGGGAGAACUCUCGGCUCAUGGACCAACAAUCGCUACAGACCAACAUAUCACCGAGUGCCAAUACCAGAGGACAAGCACACGCGACAGCUGUCUCGACUGUCAAUGGCCUUCUUUGUGCACCCCAACAGUGACGUGCUUGUCAAACCAUUACCAUAA